CCAGCUGUAGCUUUUGCUUCUUUCUUGGAAUCCCUGCAUUGCUGGCACAAUGAGCACUGUGACAAGGCAUACAGUUGUAACAACUGGACGAAGCGGCAGUGCGAGUGGCAAUCAUGGUGGAGGAAGAAUCGGGGUCUCCACAGCCUCCUCUGGACGGCACAGCUCCGGUGGGAUAGGCGGUGGCCAUAGUCAUGUUGCUGGAGGAUCCACUUGUUCCCAUGGAGCAGCAAGAAGUCAUUUUUCAAGCGGCAGCUGCAGCGGGGGGUUUGGUGGUGGGGUACACAUUGCGGGGAGUGGUGGGUUCGGCGCUGGCUCUGUUGGAGGUUCUACUGCUAGGAAUAUUGCCGUAGGUGGUGGUCAUGCAGGGGUGGUGGGUGGUGUGAUGGGUGGUACCCAUCCUGGUAUGGUGGGUGGCCAUUGUGGAAUGGUUGGGGCUAUGCCUGCUGGUAUGGUUGCUGGCAUGGGUUCUGUAAUGGGUGGAGGUAUGGUGGGUGCCCCUUGUGGAUUUGGUGGUGGUGUGGUUGCUGGAGGUAUGGUUUCUGGCCCUACUGUGGUUGCUGGUCCUGGUAUGGUUGCUGGCAUGGGUGGCGACCCAAUGGCUUGUGGUGGCAUGUUCACUACCCUUGAUGGAAAGAUGACCAUGCAGAACCUCAAUGACCGUCUGGCCAGUUACCUGGACAAGGUCCGAUGCCUGGAGGAGGAAAAUGCCAUGCUCGAGAGCCGGAUCAGGGAAUUUUAUGCUAAACAAGGACCUCUCUCUGAACCAAAAGACUACACCCAUUAUCACCAACAAAUUGAAGAUAUUAAGAACCAGCUCAUUUGCACAAGUGUGGAAAACAACAAACUCCUUCUGUGCAUUGAUAACAGUAAGCUGACUGCUGAUGACUUCCGAACCAAGUACGAAACAGAAUGUUGCCUCCGUCAGAAUGUGGAGGCUGAUAUCAAUGGCUUACAUCAAAUUCUGGACCAGCUGACAGCUUGCAGAUCUGACCUGGAGAUACAAUGUGAGAAUCUGCAGGAUGAAUUGUGUAGCUUGAAGAAGAACCAUGAGGAGGAAGUAACCAGUCUGAAGAAACAUUCGACUGGGGAUGUUAACGUAGAAGUCAAUGCCUGCCCAGGACCUGACCUGAGGAAGAUCCUGGAAGAAAUGAGGUGCAAGUAUGAAUCGAUGAUUGAAUGCAACCGCAAAGAAGUCGAGACCUGGUAUGCAUCCAAGAUUGAGGAGGUGAAUCGUGAUGUUUGCACCAGUAGCCAGGAGAUUGAACAGAGCAACAAUAAGGUCACUGAACUGAGACGCCAACUGCAGGCCUUGGAGAUUGAUUACGAGGCCCAAUGCAGCCUGAGAGAUACCCUGGAAGGCUCGCUGGGUGAAACGGAGCAUCGCUACAAUAGCCACUUGGCUGAGCUUCAGGAACGCAUCUCUGCCCUGGAGCAACAGCUGGCAGAGCUCCGGGCUGAAAUGGAGUGUCAGAACCAAGAAUACACAGAGCUCCUGGACGUCAAAAGCCGGCUGGAGCAGGAGAUUGCCACCUACCGCUGCCUGUUGGAGGGCGGACAACACGACAUUGUAGGAGGAGGAGGAGGAGGAGCAGGAACCACUAGAGCCACUGGUGGAUCGAGCGGAAGAUCUGGAGAGGUUCGGUCAUCCCAUACUUACGUGACACAUUCUCAGGGGCAUUCAUACCAUGGAGGUCACGUACACCACUAGGCCUCAAAGAGGGAGUGUAUGAGGAACUGAUGGAGAAUGAACAGUUCUAAGAUACAAUGAGCACCUCCUGGUGAAAGAUCCUCUUAGCAGAUGUGACCCCUCCCCCCAGACAAGCAUCCCUAGUUAUUCCUCCAAGCUGGUGUGUCCAUCAACCGUUUCCCGCAAUGCCAAGCAGAAGGCACAUCAAUCCCUCUCCAGCUUCUUUCUGUUAUUCUGCAUAAAGUCUUUCAAAUGAUUGUUUCUUUCCCAGAAGCAUCAGUGCCGUGGUUAGUCCUUUACCGACCACUGAAAACUAAAUGAGAAGUCUUAAAUAAAUCUCCGCUUUUCUCUUGACACCAA